CGCCAUGAGACCUGGUAAAGAACGAUCGGAAAUGGCGGGUGAACUCGCCGCCUCCUUAGCUCCCGGCUGCAUUGUCGAUUCGUGUUUCGCCAGUUUGGGAAAUCUCCAUGACUAUAAAUCUGCUCUUCCAUUUUCUUCCAAACUCCUUUCCUCCCAAUAUCUUUAUCUGCUUCCUGCGUCUGCUUUCCCCUCUCCAUCGGCGAAUUCUGAUUCCCAGCUCCAUCAAUGGCGAAGGUCAAGAUCGGAAUCAACGGUUUCGGAAGGAUUGGGCGCUUGGUCGCCAGAGUCGCGUUGCAGAGAGACGAUGUCGAGCUCGUCGCUGUCAACGAUCCUUUCAUCACCACCGACUACAUGACGUAUAUGUUCAAGUAUGACAGUGUUCACGGGCAAUGGAAGAACCAUGAGAUCAAAGUGAAGGAUUCCAAAACCCUUCUCUUCGGCGACAAGCCCGUCACUGUUUUCGGCUGCAGGAAUCCCGAGGAAAUCCCAUGGGGUGAGACCGGAGCUGAGUACAUUGUUGAAUCCACCGGAGUUUUCACUGACAAGGAUAAAGCUGCUGCUCAUUUGAAGGGUGGUGCUAAGAAAGUUGUGAUAUCUGCACCAAGCAAAGAUGCACCAAUGUUCGUUGUCGGCGUGAAUGAGAAGGAAUACAAGUCUGAUCUUGAUGUCGUCUCUAAUGCUAGUUGCACUACCAACUGCCUUGCUCCCUUGGCUAAGGUAGUCAUCAAUGACAAAUUCGGCAUUGUUGAGGGUCUUAUGACCACUGUCCACUCCAUUACUGCCACACAGAAGACUGUUGAUGGCCCGUCGAUGAAGGACUGGAGAGGUGGAAGGGCUGCCUCCUUCAAUAUCAUUCCAAGCAGCACUGGAGCUGCUAAGGCUGUUGGCAAAGUGUUGCCUGCCUUGAACGGGAAGUUGACUGGAAUGGCGUUCAGGGUUCCCACGGUUGAUGUCUCGGUAGUGGACCUCACUGUCAGGCUCGAGAAGAAGGCCACUUAUGAUGACAUCAAGAAUGCCAUGAAGGAAGCAUCUGAGGGUUGCAUGAAGGGGAUCCUUGGUUAUACUGAAGAUGACGUUGUGUCAUCUGACUUCGUGGGCUGCAACAGGUCUAGCAUCUUCGAUGCCAAGGCUGGAAUUGCUCUGAACGACAACUUCGUGAAGCUAGUCUCUUGGUACGACAACGAGUGGGGUUACAGCACAAGGGUUGUUGACUUGAUCUGCCACAUGGCUUCCUGCAAGUAAAAGGAACACUGCACCCAAUUUUGGGUCGAGUUUAGGGAAUUAGAAGAGAAGUACUAAAUAAUCCCAGGCACGAGAGAACAAUCUUUGCAGUUGUGGAAGUGGUGGAAGAAGCUACUACCCCUUUCCCAACUCCGUUUUUUUAUAUCCUUGGGAAGUUUUGAGGCUCUCCCCAAUGUGGAGUUUUGAAUUUUUUUCUGGUUUAUUUAUGUAAUGAUAUGAUUUGUUAAUUUCAAAUUAAUGAUCAUAUGUGCUCAUUUUUAGUUAUGGAUGAUUGAACCAUCACUAUGAAAUAACUCCUCUUUUGUUUUGGAAACUCAACUAAACCUGAAUCAAAUUAACGAUCUAACAAAAGUGAUAUUUCAACCAGUAAUAGAAAUAAUAUGAUUAAAAUUUCGUUUAUUGACC